GCGGGCGCGCGGCGUCGCGAGAACGGCCCGGGAACGACCCGGACAGCUGUUAAAGGGACAAUGUCCCCGGGACUGAGGGGCUGAGGGGAACUGAGUUGCGGACGCGGCAGGGCGACCCGGACACCGGGACUCCAGAGGGUGGCCAGCCCCAGAGAAGCCGGGAAAGGUGGGGGCGGACCCGAGUAGGGGACCCAGGCCUCUGGCGCGCGCACGUCGCCGCCGUCGGAGGCGCGCUCAGGGGGUGGAGCCGCCCGCCGAGCCCCGCCCAGGAGGUGGUGCGAUGCAGGCCCCGCCCCAAGGCUCGAAGCACUGGUCGGCUCCGCCCUCGGCUCCUGUCGCCGCCUCACUCCUCAGCGCCUGGUGUAACGUUCUAGAAUUCGACGAGCAGCUGCCUCAGGUGCCCUGGCCAAGUGCAGUCGGCAGCGGCACCACCACUCGGGCGCUGUGUCUCUGCCUGGUCCUUAGCACCAAUGAGGAGACUCAAUCCAGCCUCCCAACCCAGUCCAGUCAUGCAAGUACAGGAAGAUGCAGACAACCUUAUCCCUUUUGCCAAAGCCUUGGACUGAUGCCCCAGCGCUAUGGAGACACCUUCUGGGAGAAUCUUAGUCAAAGGCCCAGCCCCACCUGGAUGGAGGAACAGUACACCCCACCCUUGCUGAGAGCCACUGGUUGCUCCCAGCCUGGCCAGUAUGGCCCUGAGGGACUCCCACCUCCUGAGGUGCUCUGCAGAAGAAAGAGGAGGAGGCCACAUUCGGGAGGAAUGCAGCAGGGAUCUGGGGGCAUCCCAGCCCGGGUAAGGGCUGUCACUCAUCACUUGGAGGAUCUAAGGAGGCGACAGAGAAUCAUCAAUGAACUGAAGAAGGCCCAGUGGGGCAGCUCUGGGGCAGCGUCUGGGCCUCUGCUGGUUGACAGUGAUGGCUGUGGCUUCCCUAGCACCACUGAACACCCUGAUCGGGAAGAGGAGAGGGCAGACUAUCCACAGCAGAACCACUUCCUCAUUUCUGGCAGGGCCCAGCUGCUUUGGUCUCCCUGGAGUCCCCUGGGCCAAGAGGGGUCUUGUCUUUCCAGGCAGCUGGGCUCUAUGGGCUCCUUCAGCGCUGUCACAGCCACUAGGAACCCCUUUUACCAUCCCUGGUGGGUGGAACUGCAGUCUGAAGAGUAGGGAGAAACUGUCCAAACUCAAGACACUGGCCGUGCCUCAGGGGCCCAGGAUUGGGAGCUGGAAUCUCCAGUAUUUUGGACAUCAAGGCAUUCCUCCUUUCCUUGGCCUCUCCCAUCUUCCUCUCCCCGCCUCUGAACUAGGCACGAACAGCCCCGAUGGC